AUGGGAUUCUUUUUUGCCCCAACUAUUGCCUGGGCUUUUUUGGCUGCUCAGUGUCUCUCUGCACCUCUACUGAAGUUUGAAAAUGUAAAUGCAACAGAGCAUCAGCAUGAAGACCACCAGAAUGACCUGAUUCUGGCAUCUCAAUACCUGCAGCGCUUUUUCAGUUUUUCAACACACCCAACGGCUCGAUGGAAAAGAAGUCGUCCUUCUUUCUCCUCUAAACUAAAGGACAUGCAAGGCUUUUUUGGACUUAAUCAAACAGGCAGUCUAAACUCAGAGACACUGGCUGUGAUAAAGACACCCAGGUGUGGUGUUUCUGAUGUUCAGGAGUACAGCUCCAACCGAGCCAACAGAUGGAACAAAAACGUCAUCUCUUACAGAAUUGGGAAGUAUACCAAUGACUUGCCCACAAACACAGUAGAUUUCCUGAUAGGUUCAGCUUUUGAUGUGUGGGCAAGGGCCAGCCCUUUGAGGUUCGUCAGGUCAUCAUCUCAGCAGGCAGACAUCAUGGUGGAGUUUGCAUCUAAAUACCAUGGUGACUACUAUCCUUUUGAUGGACCUAGAGGUACACUGGCUCAUGCUUUUGACCCUGGAGCAGGCGUUGGAGGAGAUGUUCAUUUUGAUGAAGAUGAACAGUGGACAGACGGGUCCAAAGGAUUUAACCUGCAAUUAGUUGCAGCACAUGAGUUUGGACAUGCCCUGGGAUUGCGGCAUUCUCAGAGCCCUGAAUCCCUCAUGUAUCCUAUGUACAAAUACAAACACACUCAAAACCUGCUUUCCACUGAAGAUAUAAGAAACAUCAAUGCACUGUAUGGAACAUCUUAUUACACCCCAAGACUGAGUUGGAAUUGGCACAAUGGCUUUUUCUUUCCUAGUGCAGUAAAGGAUAAAUGUGAUCCUGAUCUAUCUUUUGAUUCUGUAACUAAUGUAAGAAAAGAGAUUAUUUUCUUCAAAGACAGGUAUCUGUGGAUUAAAAACAAUAACAAAAAUGAUACAAAGGAGGGUCCCAUCAACAAAUUCUUGUUAAAAAUAAAUUCAAGUAUUGAUGCUGCCUACUGGGUUGCCAGACGCUCCACUGUCUACCUGUUUAGCGGAUCUAGGUACUGGACAGUAAAGGGCUCUCAGGUGACAAGCAGAGAGAAAAAAAUCAGCAACUUUGGAUUCCCAGACUGGGUGAACAAAAUAGAUGCUGCAGUCCAUAUUCCCAAAACUGCACACACAUUAUUUUUUACUCAAAAUCAGUACUGGAGAUACAAUGAAAAUCAAAAUGCCAUGGAAGACUCCUACCCACGCAACAUUUCAGAAGAUUUUAAUGGCAUCAAGACUCCCAUAAGUGCAGCAGUGUAUAAACAUGGUUUCCUUUAUUUUUUUGUUGAAGCUGACAUCUACCAGUAUGAUGUAAAACUAAAGAAGAUUGUUACAGUUAACAAAGCAAGUUCCUGGCUGGGAUGUUAA